AUGUUAAUCGUAGUCUUUGGAUUCGGUCAUGCUAUGUACAUUUUAUUAAGUGAUCCAACAGAGGAUCCUGUACAAUCUCAAUUUUCAGUUGAUUCAUACCUAAUUAAAAAUGCCUCAAAUCUUACACAAAAUCUUUUUCCUAAUUUUGUAAUUCAACAUGAUGUAGAUCCAACAAGUCGUUCUUCAAAUUAUUUUUCAACCUUUGCUUCAUCAGUUGAAGCAGUAUUCUUUUGGACUAAUGGAAGAUGGGAUCAACUUAGUAAUUGGGAUAGUACUGCAAUAGAUAUUAUGAGCAUUUUAGGAAGUUUAAUUUUAGUUUUGAUUUUUCAAAACUUACUAAUUUCAUUUAUGAAUGGCGCAUUCACAGAAGCUGAUAUGACAGGCAAAAACGCUGCUCGAAAAUAUAGGGCUGAAAUGAUUUGUGAUUAUGAAACUUUAGAAAAACCAUUGGACAGCAAAAGAGGAAAUCCUCGGUACAUUUAUUACAUUGCUAAUAGUGAUUUUAUUGAUAAAUGGUUAAACGAAAACAAGGCUUAUCAACAAAAAAGUUGGGACAUUUCAGAUGGUUCGAGCGAUUUAUUGCUUGAUGAAGAAAAUUAUAAAUCAAUAUCUACAGCAGCUUUGAAGGACUCAUUAUCAAUUUUGGAAGACGAAACGGGUAAUAAAGGCAAAAAUAAGAAUGGGGAGUUUGAGAACCGAUUUAAGGC